ACCAUAUGAACUUGGAAUUUGUCACUAUAAGUAACAGAGAGUCGAGAGAUAUUAUUAUCAACUUGCACUCCGAUAACAUUAACCUCAAUCUCCCAAUCCCAGCAAGGCUCUUCAGAUAAUAUCAGAUCAGGUGGGAUGGCAGAUGAGUCUUUUGACCUUUCUAUGAGUGUCGACCGACUGGCCCCUUUUGGACUGAGUGACACUGGAAAGGAGCAGGAGGAGCGAUAUGAGGUUACUUUGGACAUAGGCGACUUAAAUGAUCAAACGAGCAACAAAGGAAUUGAUGAUGGAAAGGAAAUAGAAAUAUCAGCUGCUUAUCAAGAAUAUCCAUUGAAGCGCAACUUCUAUAAACCAUCUUUGGUAUCCAUUGGGCCCAAGUACUCUAAAGAAGUUGAUCAAGUUAAGGACAAGGAGUACAAGAAUAUGUAUAUGAAGUCUUUUCUCGAAAGGGCAACGGAACAACCUGAAGAAGAAGAGUAUCGGGAAUACCUUAGGAAUCCAGAUAUGAAAUUGAUGGUCAAAGCCCGAAAUUAUUACAAGGAAAUUGGAAUUACCUAUCCCCAUAACGAUGAAGAGUUGGUAGAAAUGUUGGUGCUUGAUGGUUGCUUUGUGGUUGAGUUUCUUCUGAAAUGCAAGGAAGGCGGCAAUGGUGAUCCUCGCAACAGCGUCGAAGGGAAGAAAGCUCGUGAGGACAUGCUUAUGUUCGAAAAUCAACUCCCUUUUGAGGUCCUCUUUGCCAUUUAUAAGAAAAUGAUUGGCGAUACUGAAGAAAAAAUUCCUAAUUUCAUAAGACUGGUGAAGUUCGCUUUUGCCUCUUUAGCACCGAAGUUUACCAUUAAUAACUUUUAUGAUGACAAUAAACCUCAACAACCCAUGGAUCUACUCCAUGUGGUCUACACUCUUUGUCUUCCGAGAAAUGCCCAAACCCUAAUUUCCCAACCCACAGAAGGGAAAGAAGAAAAUGUGUGGCUAAAAUUAAACCAUAUGAACAGUGCCACAGAGCUUAAAGAGGUUGGAGUUAGGUUUGAGAAGAUUGGGCAAGUCUUCAAUAUGCCAAAGAAAUAUGAAAAAAUCCCACCACUGAAAUAUCGCGGUUGCAAUAGCUUGUUUGAUAUAAGUUUCUAUAACGGGGUAAUGAGCAUACCUUGUUUCAAAGUCGACAACUUCACUGAACUAUUCUUUCGAAACAUGAUCGCCAUGGAGCAACGUUGCGAGAGACUAAACCCCAAAUACUUCACCGAUUAUGCGAGGUUGAUGGACCACUUGGUGGACACCAAUAGAGACGUGAGUUUGCUUCGCAAGAAUGGGAUCAUUCAAAACCUCUUAGGUGAAGAUAGGAAGGUGGCCUAUAUUUUCAACAAUCUCAGUGUUGAGGUAGAUACUUCCACCAACUUCUAUUUUGCAUGGGUGUAUAGGGAUGUGGAUGAGCAUUGUCGCAAUAACUGGUCCUGUUGUUUGAGCCAAACAGGAAGUUAUUAUUACUCUCGCAAUAUAUGGAAAGUGAUUUCUAUUAUCUUGAUUGUUGUCCCCUUGUUGAUUUUGGCAGUUCGUCUAAUGAAGUAACGACUCUAUGUACUUUCAUCAUGAUUUGUGUUUUUGUCCUGAGUUCAUCAACGUUGUACACUCAUGUACUGUUGUUGUUUGCAUUUAUCUGAUUAAACUCGUUGGGUUUGUGGUUGUAUUUUUCUAUUAUUUUGUA